GAUAUCAGAGAGGUAUUGCUUCUUGUUUACGGACGACGGUUCUCAUCGACACGAGUUGCCCCUGCAAUGAAACUUGGUGCCACGAGCUGGAAAAAGAGAUCACUGGACAAACUGCAGAAAAUAUGACCGGUUUCUGUAUGCCCACAUACAAUGCAGGUCUUUGUUACCGCAUGUUCACCAGGCAAAACUCAAGCCAGGAAAUAUGUGGCUGUUGCAUUAUAAAAACUCGUAUGUUAUGCAGCACUGGUGAGGACUUCACUUCUGGCGGACUGCGAGAAGUCCAGGAGGGUCUGGCGUGUGGAGAGCAUAACAUUACUUCGCCGAGAUACUUCACUUCACCUGGAUUUCCGCUGGAGAAAUACCCCAACAAAUAUUACUGUUGGAGGAGUUUUAGAGCUUGGGCGCCAGAUUACACAAUCCAGGUGGACUGCGCGAUGAUUCAUCUACGAAAAGACAAGAACUGUCGGGUAGAUUUUCUUCAAUUUAAAGAUGGACAUAACUUGGUGGAGAGGUUCUGUGGGCUGUUGUAUAACGUAACGAAGGUGAGUGAGACCGGCAAAAUGGAUGUAUUAUUUGAUACCAACCGAAGAAAGAAGCAAGUGGGAUUUAACUGCACUGUCACUGCUAUCGAGCUGCCGUGUCCCGAGCCGUUCAUCAAGGUCGGAUCCGAGUGCUUCCAGUUGAGCGACUCCGAGCGAGUGUUCGACGAGGCCCGCGCCUUCUGCCUCGGCCUCGGGGGGGACCUCGCCUCACCGGCCGAUGUUCCUGCCCUCAGGGAUUAUGUCAUCGAUAAGGGCCAGACGCUGGCCGUGUGGCUCGGAGCCUCCGACCGGGACAUCGAGGGUGACUGGCAGUGGUUCGAUGGGUCUCUGAUCAAGGCCGAGGACUGGUACUGGAAUGCCCCGAACAAUGGCUUCGGCUUGGAACACUGCAUGGUGCUGCGACCCGACUUUGAUCCGCCUCUCAAUGAUGCAGAGUGUGAUCGUCCUAAGAAGUUUGUGUGCGAGUAUGAUUUACUGAAAGGGUAAAGUAAUCAUUAUGGUGACUGCCAUUUCUUUCUUGAUUUAGUGUUAAUAUACAUUUACAUAUUGAUUUUGUAUAGACGCACACAAAACUUUCCUGAAACACAAACUAUCCUUUUCACCAGUAGUUAGGAGGAAGGUUUACUCACUAGUAACGUUUUCUUUACACAAAAUAAUACUUAUAUUGAUCAUUGUUAAAAUAAUUUGUAGAGGUAAUGCAUAAGUUAACAGGAUUUCAGUAAUUGUGUCAUAGCUCUAUUAUAGCUUUGCUUCACGUCUGCAAAGACCUGUCCUCCGGCUCUUUGGCCAAGCAUUCGUUGUUCAAAUUUAUGCUCUUGCCAAGAUGUGUUUGGUGCGUUUCUGUCCAAUAAAGUGUUCUUAUAUUUUCAAAUCAUGGUAAAUUUGUAGUUUAUGAUUUAGAUAAUCACAAUUAUAAUAUAAAUGAUUAACGACAUAUACAUGUAUGUGACCACUCCGAAUAAAAGAUAUACGUAAAG